CGGUCGCGGAGCCGUAGCACCGGUACCGGCAGCAGCAGCAGCAGCAGAAUCGCGGCGAUGGAGGGCGGACGGCAGGUGGCGAACUUCGGCGCCGGGCCKGCGAAGCUGCCGCGCUCCGUAUUAUUAGAAGCACAGAAAGAAUUGGUGGACUACAAAGGACUUGGUAUAAGUGUUCUUGAAAUGAGCCAUCGUUCCUCAGAUUUCACAAAAAUUUUAAAUACAACUGAAAAUCUCAUGCGUGAAUUGCUAAAUAUACCAGACAACUACAAAGUUCUUUUCCUUCAAGGAGGUGGAUCUGGUCAGUUCAGUGCAGUCCCACUUAACCUUAUUGGUUUAAAGGAGGGAAGACAGGCAGAUUAUAUUGUUACUGGAGGCUGGUCAGCAAAAGCAGCUAAAGAAGCAGAGAAGUAUGGCAAAGUGAAUAUCGUUAAUCCCAAACUUGCAACCUAUACAAGCAUUCCUGACCCAAGCACUUGGAAUCUUAAUCCAAAUGCAUCUUACGUGUAUUAUUGUGCUAAUGAAACUGUUCAUGGUGUGGAGUUUGACUUUGUACCUGAUGUCAAAGGAGCAGUCUUGGUUUGUGAUAUGUCAUCAAACUUCCUGUCCAAACCUGUGGAUGUUUCCAAGUUUGGUGUGAUUUUCGCUGGUGCUCAGAAGAAUGUUGGCUGCGCUGGAGUUACUGUUGUAAUAGUACGUGAGGACCUGCUGGGAUUUGCAAUGAAGGAGUGCCCUAUUGUACUGGAUUACAAAACACAAGCAGCAAAUAACUCUUUGUAUAACACUCCACCAUGCUACAGUAUUUAUAUCAUGGGAUUGGUACUGGAAUGGAUAAAGAAUAAUGGUGGUGCUGCAGCUAUGGAUAAACAUAGUUUAAUCAAAUCGCGGAUGAUUUAUGAUAUUAUAGACAAGUCUAAUGGAUUUUAUGCAUGUCCAGUGGAGAGAAAGAGCCGAAGCAGAAUGAAUGUCCCUUUCCGCAUUGGCAGCAUCAAGGGYGAUGAAGCCCUGGAAAAGAAAUUUCUUGAGAAGGCUGCGGAACUUAACAUGAUAUCUCUGAAAGGACAUCGGUCUGUGGGAGGAAUCCGUGCCUCUUUAUAUAAUGCGGUGACUGUAGAAGAUGUUCAGAAGCUUGCAGCRUUCAUGAAAAGCUUCAUGCAGAUGCAUCAGUCAUAAAUGCCCAUGGAUUAGACCCAUGGUGCACAUCUAUGAAAUCAAAGCUAAAGGGUUUUAACAUUAUGGUGAUACUACGCAGCUGUAGCGCACAAGUCCUAUUUUCUUUUAGUUCCUGUAGCAAUUUUAGUUAACUGUAUGGUAUUGAGGCCCGGUUUUGCAAUGAUGUGGMAGCUUUGGCUUUGCUGAAGCUUAGGAUCCCCAGAUUGAUCAUGAUUGGUUGCAAAAUUUGAAAAYAGUAUUCUCAAUGUGUAGUUAAACRUUAAUAGCGUUGUAAGGUGCUAUGGAUCUGAGUCUGUUUCUUACUUCUAGUCACAAGUGACUUCAGCAAUGCCUUCUUUUUAGUAAACUUCAGAAAGCAAAGUUUGUCAUAAACUCUCUGAAGUGCUUUACAAAUACUCGGUGAACUGUACAAUGAAGCUAAACUAACAUGGUCUCUGUCCUGGUUUCACUCAGUCCGAUUUUUGGUGAUGGGGGGAUGGGACCAAAAAACCACAAAGAUGGCUCCUGUGAGGAAAUUCUAGAAGCUUUCUCAUUCUUCUCCAGCAAAAGGAGCCCUAUCCCCUGUGUUUUAGAACCAAUCCAUUAUGGCUCUGAGGUUGAUGGACAGGCUGCUGGUCAGGCYUGGGCCAAUUGCG